AUGGCCAAUAUACGAAUCACACUACUGAUUUUAUUCAACUGCAUGGUCGUGUACAGAAGCUGCGAAGCUCUUCUGUGCAACUGCACCACUGCGCUGUGUAAGAAGACGGGCUUCCGGUGUGAGACAGAUGGGGCUUGCAUGGCCUCCCUGUCCCUCAUCCAUGGUGAAGAGCAGCACGUUCGUACAUGCAUCACCAGAGACAAACUUGAACCUCCAGGAAAACCCUUCUACUGUCUCGGUACAAAGGGUCUAGUCAACAAACACUGUUGCUAUACCGACUACUGUAACAGCAUUGACCUCAAAGUGCCAUCUGGGACCACCCAGUCCGGACCCGAUGAAGAUAUAUGGCCCGGCGGAACGUGGGGGCUGGUCGAAUUAGUGGCUGUGAUAGCGGGACCACUGCUGCUGCUUUGUCUACUGCUAUUGCUCGGUGUCUUCCUGUGUCAAUACCAACGGAGGGCCUGCGGCCACAGACGUAGGCUUGAGGUGGAAGACCCCUCCUGCGACAACCUUUACAUGCCAAACGACAGGAGUCUGCAGGACUUUAUUUACGAUCUGUCGACAUCUGGUUCUGGCUCAGGCCUGCCACUGUUCGUCCAAAGGACCGUAGCCAGAACAAUUGUUCUACAAGAAGUCAUCGGAAAGGGGCGAUUUGGUGAAGUGUGGCGAGGACGUUGGCGGGGCGGCGACGUGGCGGUGAAAAUCUUCUCAUCCAGAGAAGAGCGCUCUUGGUUCCGUGAAGCUGAAAUCUAUCAGACCAUCAUGAUCCGCCACGAGAACAUCCUGGGCUUUAUAGCAGCUGACAACAAAGACAAUGGCACAUGGACCCAGCUGUGGUUGGUGUCCGACUACCACGAGUACGGCUCCCUGUUCGACUACCUGAACCGCUACUCUGUCACUGCUCAAGGGAUGAUCAAAUUGGCCCUGACUGCUGCCAGCGGCCUGGCACAUCUACAUAUGGAGAUACUUGGAACACAAGGAAAGCCAGGCAUCGCCCACAGAGAUCUGAAGUCUAAAAACAUCCUUGUGAAAAAAAACUGCACUUGUGCCAUUGCUGAUCUGGGUUUAGCUGUCCGUCACGACUCCGUAAGCGACACUAUUGACAUCGCUCCAAACCAAAGAGUGGGAACCAAGAGGUACAUGGCUCCAGAAGUCCUGGACGGCACGAUCAACAUGAGGCACUUUGACUCGUUCAAAUGUGCUGACAUUUACGCUUUGGGGCUUGUCUACUGGGAGAUUGCACGGCGCUGUAACAGUGGAGGUAUCCAUGAAGAAUAUCAGCUGCCCUACUACGAUCUGGUGCCCUCUGACCCUUCAGUGGAAGACAUGAAAAAGGUGGUGUGUGACCAAAAGACACGACCCAACAUCUCAAACUGGUGGCAGAGCUAUGAGGCGUUGCGGGUGAUGGGCAAAAUAAUGAGGGAGUGUUGGUACGCCAAUGGUGCCGCCCGCUUGACUGCCCUGCGGAUCAAAAAGAGUUUGGCCCAGCUUGGUGUCAAAGAGGACAUAAAAGUCUGA